AUGAACCUUCUCAAAGCAAGACAAGAAGGCGUUCUAAAGCAGAAAGAGGAAGAAGCUGUGAACCUAUUCUCGCGUGUGGGCGAUUUUCGUGAGUUUAUUACGACGUCUCAGCCGGCUGCUGCUGUGACUGUCACGCUCACGUGUUGCUGCCUGUCAUCGGAGCGUGUUAACGGUGGGCGUGGCACGCGA